ACCAUGUACCAUUAGUGAUUCCUCCGUGCAGCCGAGAUAUCGGCGCCGGUGAUGAAAAUGAUGAGAUCAUUUAAUUACCACCUCACUGUGAGCGCGAUGAAUCGUCGCGGGAGUAUCUAUCUAUCAUCUUCUAUAAAUUUGAGGACGGUUGCGGGAUUCUUAACAGUUCCCAACCAAAAUUUGUCCAGUUCAGGCAAAUCACGCUGGUGAAAACAAAAUAGUGGCAAAGUGCUAGUGAAUUGUGAUAACACAACAAGGAAUUAACGAAUAGUGAAAGCAGGUGCUUCCAGAAGUACAAGUGGAAUAUUGGAUUGAUAGAAAUAUUGCCUGGAUAACUGUCGAGUUUUUAAGGAACAAUGAUGAAAUCCUUGACUAUCAUCUUUUUUGUAACAGUUGUCCUUGCGUUAGGCAGCGGAGCAACGACAGUGGAAGACCGAAACCUGCUGGCGAUAGAAACUCCUUCAUUCUUCGCUGACCAACCUUCACCCCUUCUCAAGCCGAAAGAAAGCCUUCAGAAAAAGGAAUAUUACGAUUUCCUCAGUACACUUUACCGACAUGACAAAACCAAAGCGAACCUCUUUGUACCGAAUUCGGUGUCAUCAGCUAGUGCUGGAGGAAGGAAGAAGCGGACAAUUAUAUUCCGCCCCCUCUUUGUCUACCGUCAACAGCAAGUCAAGCGAAAGAAGGCAAAGCGUUAUUAAACUGCCUUAGGCCACUUCUACAGGAAUCACCGCGACUAGCCAACAAGGUUGCCAUUUCAAUCCUCUUAAAUUAUCUCGAUGACACCAUCCCAACCUUCAUUCGUCAAUGCAACAACUUAACUCAUCAGCGUCCAAACAAAAUCACAAAAGCAUCAUUGCACUGAGGCUACUUGAAAGAAGUUCAAGGUGUUGGACGUGUGACAAGUGUGAAUCCAAGGUGUUCAAUAAAACAUCACCUGUGCGUAUAUUUAUGAGCUUCCGAAACCAAAAAGCGGAGUCAGUGUCCCAUUGAAAGCGAAAACAUACAUACAAUUUUGUAGGAAAUCUGCAGCGUCGAACUGAUUCAUAUUUACAGGUAAACUAAUGAAAAUACACGAAAGAAAAGUUUAUGCAAAUGCGAAGAUCUCCGGUUGUGUCAUAGCUCACCAACAACAAUAAAAGUUGAUUUUUUAUGCAUUUUGCCUGUCUAUUUUAUUUCCAAAUUUAUGCUAGUUAUUAUAUCAAAGAUGCCGAGAAAACUACCAUGAUGAUUUUACACAAAGACUUGUUAACACUUACAUAUAUGAUUAGUUAAUUUAUAAAUUAUUUUUUAUACUAAACGAUCUGAUUCAAGAUUUUUUUGUAAUUUAUAUUACGAUUUCUUAUGUACGCUCUAGAGUUCGAUAAGGUAGAUGUAAAUGUGUACUCGAUUUUAGAUAUAUACAUAUGUAUGAGUGAAUAAGUCGUUCAUAUCUUAGUCCAUUCACAAAAGAAACAACGCCUGAAUCUGAAUAUGAAUUCAUAAAAUACUUCACAACCUAUUGUUAAACAUUUGUAAACAGAAAUUAAGCAACAGAAUUUAGUUUAUUUGGCCCAGUAUUGAUUUGAAUGUUUAAAACUGAAGGACAUGUGUACAAGCCAUAUAUCUUUCCUUCAUAGUUGAAUUUUGUAGAUAUCAAAUAAAUAUUUGUAGCCUGAUGAA